AUCGUCUUCCCGCGCUGACGGUUAGACGGCGUCUCGUGAGGCGCAGAUCCGACAACAACGUCAGCGGCAAACGUGACAUCGGACACCAGCGGAUAUGAACUGUGUUCUCGAGGGAAGUGGUGUGAAAGCGUUUGGAAAGGCCAUUCAUGCCCUGUCACGCAUUGGAGAGGAACUGUGGUUGGAUCCCAUGGUGAGAGGGCUGGCAUUGAGAUCGGUGAAUUCUGCUCAUUCUGCGUACGCCUGCUUCCUCUUCUCGCCUCUCUUCUUCCAGCUCUACAGCUUGGGAUCAGUAUCAGAGCAGGACCACGAAACAAUCCAUUGUAAACUGUUAAUAAAGUCCGUUCUAUCUCUUUUCCGGUGUCUGGCCUCGAUUGAGCGCAACGUGGAGCGAUGUCAGAUAUCAAUCAGCACUCCCAAUGACCGAGUGGUGAUCCAGUUUUUCUGCAGGCAUGGCAUCACUAAGACCCACAACCUAUGUUUCCAGGAAAGCGAAGCCCUGCAGGCUGUGUUUGCCUCACACCUCUGUCCCAAUGUGAUAAAAGCUCCUGCCAGGCUUCUUGGUGACAUGGUGAUGCAUUUCCCAGUGUCCCAGGAGGAAAUCACUCUGUCCAUGACUCCCCUGAGAGUCGGUCUGAGAAAUUACUUUGAGGGGGGAAACGAUCUCAUGAAGAAUAUGUACACGGAGAUGUCCUUACACCCAGACGAGUUUGACAACUUUCAGAUCGGAGUGGAGACGGAAAUAACCUUCUGUCUGAAAGAGUUGAGGGGUUUACUGUCCUUCGCAGAGUCACUUUCUCUUCCUGUAUCCGUCCACUUUGGUGCCGCUGGGAAGCCUGUGUGCUUCUCUGUGGAGGACCUGGUCCUAGAGGCUACUGUGGUGUUGGCUACUCUGAUCGACUCUGACAGCAGGGGCCCCUCUCAGCCUACAAAGACACUGGCCCCUACACCACCCAGGUGUGUUGCUGCUGCUGCUCUUCCUGUGGCCUCAUGUGAGGCAGACAGCAGAAAUCCUCAGGACCUUCCUGCUGUGAUGGAGCUGAUAGUAUCCAGCCAGGGAAGCCCGAUAGUCUACCCACCUGCUCAGACCUCCAACUGGCUCGGUGCAGCCGAUGACGCCACGACACCGCCUUCCUCCACGAUCUGCUCGCUCCUGUUCAGGGCCUUGUCGUCUGAGCAGGAAGAUGACGCAUGUGCUGUUCUAGCAUUUUACAGUGAUGAAGAGGAAGACUACACUAAUAACCCUACACUCUGAGAACAGCCAUUACACAUGACUACGUUCUCCACCUCAGGUUUUUGCAACAUAUAUUUAAAGGGUAUGCAGAUUUCUUUGUAAUUUAUGGCAUUCAAAUGAGAUUUGUUGCUUAAAGUUUGCCUUUUUUAAAGUGUUAAGUUUAAUAUGUGUUAAGUGUUAAUUUGAAAUCUGAGGGGACGUUCAUUAUAUAUUCAGAUCCAUAAAUGUAUUUAAUUCCCGUGUGUGAAAUGUUUUUUGUAGCAUGUAAGGGUUGAAAAAGAGAAUAUGAUGUCGGUACUUCAGCUUGAAGACGCCCCACCCGUCUGUUGAUUGUAGCUCGUAGUAUGCCUGACAUCUGAGGAAUGUGUGAGUUCUCAGAGUACAAGGUGUCCUUAAGAAUAACAUGUUCUGGCCCACUGAGUGCAGGUUUAGUGAGGUAAAGACACUGGAUCCACUUCUGCUGCUUCUGAUGUCUCGAAAAGGAAAACACAACCACGGAGGGAAACACCUCUGUAGGGUUUUCUGCAUCAC